AUGUCUCCCGCUCGCAAGGCCCUCAUCAGCAUCACUUCGGCCCAGGCCACUCUUUUCCAAGGCAAAGAGACCACCGGACUCUUCAUCAGUGAAGCUCUUCAUCCAUUCAAUGUCCUCGUUGCCGCUGGAUUUGAGGUCGAUCUUGCCUCCGAGACCGGUUCAUACACUCCGGACUGGCUCUCCCAACAGCCAGACUUCCUCAAUGGCGACGAUCUGAAGACCUGGAACGACCCCAACAGUGCCUUCCGCCAAAAGUUGGAUAACAUGAAAAAGGCUGCCGACUUGGAUAAGUCUCAGUAUGGUCUUUUCUAUGCCUCUGCUGGCCAUGCUGCUUUGAUCGAUUACCCGACGGCAUCUUCUUUGCAGAAGAUUGCCGAGGAAGUCUGGGCAAACGGCGGUGUUGUUGCCUCUGUAUGCCACGGCCCUGCCAUCUUUGCCAAUAUCAUUGAUAAGGCGACUGGUGAGCCUAUUAUCAAGGGCAGAAAGAUUACUGGGUUUACCAGUGAGGCCGAGGACACUAUGGGAAUUAUGGCUGAGCUUCGGGCUUGGAAUUCCGAGAUGGUCGAGGAAGUUGCCAGUCGACUCGGCGCUACCUAUGAGCGCUCCGCUGGAAUUUGGGAUGACUUUCACGUUGUUGACGGGCGCUUGGUGACAGGCCAGAACCCCGCCAGCGCCUCGUCAACUGCAAAGGCUGCGGUUGCUGUUUUUGAGACCUUGUGA